UCCAUCUCAAGCCAGCCCAUUCAUCCGCGCAUUCCCUAAGAAUCACGUCUGGGUUACCUUGACUACCAUGUCUGCUGCUUUCGUCGUAACUAGAAACGUCAGAGCAUACUCGCCAUGAAACGUCGCAUGGCUAGGAAGUCGUUGUGGCUCUGCGGCAUCCGAGCAUGAAUUGAAACAUUGACAGCUCUAGUCGAUUAUGAAGCAAGAUACCAAGCCAGCGUGGCAGCCGCCAAAUCUCAUUCUCUACUGGGCAUUUUCAUCACAUACUUACUUACUUUCGAUUGACGAUGCAGUUUCCAAUAUUACUCGCCGGUCUUUUCCUUGCACUCAUCACCACAUCAACCGCCUGGACUACUAAUCCAUCUCUUAAGCUUUGGCGAGGUGGCGAUACCUUCAACACUACCAGGCAAAUCGAAAUCGACAAGAUAUGCAGACGCCUACGUACAUUGACAAAACUCAAUGAUAUCGCGAAAAAUGACACCGCGCUGGACGCGACGAGCAUAUCUGCCAAGCUUGCCCAAGAGCGCAUCGACUGGAUCAAAAGCAACCGUGCCGAUAUAACCGCCAAACUCGAAGAAUUGCAAUCUAACUCAACUCUCACAGCCGAAUGUGACUCUCUCAAUGCGCAGCGUGACGCUUUUCGCGAAUGCAAGGCGUUAAACACGUUGGAAAAGCUGGUAAACUCGACAAAUGGUCAGACUGGUCUCAACCAAGGACCCACUGCGAACUUCCUCAACGACGAACAGAAGCAGGGGUUACAACAAAAGUUUGAAAAGGCGUUGUUGAAGCUACAGGAGCUCAAGGCUAACGCUACGCUGAUGGGUCUCUGUAACAGCGAUGCCGUGUUGCAGCAGAACGGCGCAAUCGGCAGUCAAGUGGUGGACAACAGCGGCGCUAUCGGUAUGACGAAGAGCGCUGCAAGUAGACAUGUACACAACACCGAGAGAGUGUUUUCAUUGUUAUUCUUGGUGGUUCCCAUAGUCGUGUUGACAACCUAGACAUUCCUGUUGACUGACUUCGGACGACACAUCGAUAGCUACUUUCGUCUGACAGUACUGCACAGAUACUUGAUUAAUACUAUAUAGAGGCUCUGUUAGGAUGAUAUCGCGAUUUCUUGCUGUUCAAGAGAUCCCUUUACAGGCUACAGUCCUCUCUACAG